AUGCUGGGGCAUCUAGUCGGGCUGGUGAAGGUGCGGGUGACGCGCGGGGUGAACCUCGCCGCCAUCCGCGACCUCCGCUCCAGCGACCCCUACGUCGUCGUCCGCAUGGGCAAGCAGAAGCUGAAGACGCGAGUUGUAAGGAAGAGUAUCAAUCCGGAGUGGAACGAUGAACUGACCCUCUCCAUCGAAGAUCCUACCAUUCCUGUCAAACUGGACGUGUUCGACAAGGACACAUUCUUCGACGACCCGAUGGGCAACGCGGAGCUGGACAUCGGCCCGCUGGUGGAGGCCGCGAGGAUGAGGGUCCAGCUGCAGGGCGUCGCUGACAACACCGUGGUGAAGAAGCUGGUGCCCAACCGGCAGAACUGCCUCGCCGAGCAGAGCGCCAUCUACCUGUCCGAGGGCACGGUGAAGCAGGACGUGGUGCUCAGGCUGAGGAACGUCGAGUGCGGGGAGGUCGAGCUCCAGCUCCAGUGGAUCGACAUCCCCGGCUCCAAGGGCGUAUCAGGCUUUUAA